AUGGCGAAGCCGCUGCGUAGCCAUCGCAAUUCAGGUACAGAAGUCGAGACUCGCGUUUCAGCGCCGGAGAGGAAAUCUAUCAGAAAGGAUGCCUCGCUGCGAGAAUGGCUGCUCAGCAAUCAGAUCGGAAUCUCCCUUACCAUCCUUACCAUGAUAUUCGCCGUCCACAACCUUUACCCCUCGCUCAAGCCAUAUACAGUUCCUUUCUUAUCUCUACCCCAUUACCAACCAGAAAACGGACUCUAUGUUCAGGGAUCAGACGAUGUAUACUUUAUAAGUAGCUCGGUGGUGGCUCUUGUCGCGAUUCGAGCGAUAUUGAUUGACUGGAUUUUCCAGCCUCUUGCGCGGUAUAUGGGGAUGAAGCCGAAAACAUCAUUGAGAUUUGCGGAACAAGGAUGGUUACUUGUAUACUACACUGUAUUCUGGUCAUAUGGAUUGUACAUCUGGACCCAGUCAAAGUACUGGAUGGAUUUUCGGGAAAUUUGGACUGAUUGGCCAUCGAGAGAAGUACCCGGCUAUUUCAAGCUCUAUUGCUUGUUGCAGUUGUCCUUCUGUUUACAACAAAUCUUCGUUAUCAACGUUGAAGAAAGGAGAAAGGAUUACUAUCAAAUGUUGACACACCAUAUCGUCACAAGCACCCUUCUCGGAGGUGCCUAUGUCUACAGCUUCUACAACGUGGCCAAUGUUGUCCUCUCUAUUAUGGACAUAGUGGACAUUUUAUUACCGGCUGCGAAAAUGUUAAAAUAUGCGGCUUUCGAGCAACUUUGCACCAUCGCAUUUGCUGUCUUCCUAGGCACAUGGUUCAUUUCUCGCCACGUGAUUUAUAAUCUGUUAUGGUGGUCCAUUUACCAAAAUGUCCCGGAGGUCAUGCCCUUUGGAUGCUACUCAGGUGCCACUGGUCAGAGGCUUGUUGAUGUAAUGCCCAAUUCCUGGGGUUCACUUCUAUACCCGUUCCGAGAUAUCAAAGGGCCCAUUUGCAUGAGCUUCCGCAUAAAAUGGGUGUUUCUUAGCUUUCUUUUCUUUCUCCAAGUUCUUUCUCUACUUUGGUUUGGCAUGAUCCUUCGCGUCGCAAUUAAUGUCCUCCGAGCAGGUUCAUCCGCAGAAGACACCCGGAGUGAUGACGAAGGAGAGGAACCCUCAGAGAACGGAAACGCCCCGAAUGGGCAAGAAUAUCACAAUGAGAAUGGCUGGAGUAAAUCCGUCAUGGCUAAUGGUUCGUCUCAAAACCACUAUCCUGUUCGAAUCAGAACCGCACGCGGCCGGGUCACGCUCAGCGACCAUAAUGACAGAAAAGCCCUCCUUGGCCGGAUCGGAUGUGACAAACCUUCUUAA